GUGACAGUCCCCAUCAUCACCCCAGAAGACAUCCGAGUUGCUCAAAUGGAGGAUGAAUCGAUCAAUGAGGUGAUGACACUGAAGAGGAGUGGAUGGAACCCCAAUGGUAAAGAUAAAAGACAGAUGGGACAAGAGACAAGGAGACUUGUACAUGAAUGGACCAAACUCAAACUUGACAAAGGAAUUCUGUACAGACAGACAGGAAAAUGGAAACAGCUCGUUCUCCCAAGUAAGCUAAAGCCGACCGUGCUCAAACACCUGCAUGAUGACAUGGGACAUGUCGGAGCUGACAAAGUCAUCCACCUAGCAAGACAAAGGUUCUAUUGGCCAUUCAUGCAGCGGGAAAUAGAAGACUAUGUCAUUCGCCGGUGCUCCUGCAUAAAGCAGAAAAAACCCACUGUCCCGGAAAAAGCGCCUAUGGGGUCAAUUACAACUAGUGCUCCAUUUGAGCUCGUUUCUAUUGACUACCUUCAUCUGGAGCCAAGUAAGGGAGGAUUUGAGUAUGUAUUAGUUUUGGUCGAUCAUUUUACACGCUUUGCGCAAGCGUACCCAACUAAGAACAAGUCAGGCAAGACAGCAGCUGAGAAAAUCUUCAGUGAUUUUAUUCCCCGUUUCUCUUACCCUCAGAUUUUGCACCAUGACCAGGGUCGGGAGUUUGAGAAUAAUCUAUUCCAGCGGCUCCAACAGCUGUCUGGCAUUGCUCACUCUCGUACUACCCCAUACCACCCGCAGGGGAAUCCGGUCGAACGGCUGAAUAGAACGCUGUUACAGAUGCUGCGCACUCUCCAAGAGGAAAGGAAAACUGAGUGGAAAGAUUAUUUGCCCCAUAUAGUCCAUGCGUACAAUUGUACGAAACAUGAAGCCACCGGCUAUUCACCAUUCUUUCUCCUCUAUGGAAGAGCCCCACGCCUGCCCAUCGACUUAGUCUUUGACCUGGGGACAGAGGAAGAAGUGCCAAGUCGCGAGGAAUAUGCACAGAAAUGGGCUACUCGAAUGCAAGAGGCUUACAGGAUAGCCUCAGAGAAUAGUCGUAACAGCUCAGCUAAAGGAAAAAAAUACUACGACCGUGGUGUUAAAGGAAUUACACUUCAGCCAGGAGACCGCGUGCUUAUCAGGAACCUCUCAGAGAGAGGUGGCCCUGGCAAACUCCGUGCUUACUGGGAGAAGACAGUGCACAGAGUUAUUGAAAGGAUGGGGGAAAGCCCUGUGUACAAAGUUCAAGCUGAAAAGGGAGACAAAACUACCCGUGUACUCCAUCGUAACCUUCUCUUAUCUGUUAAUGACUUGCCAUUCGAACAAGAUGAGCAAUCUUGUCAUGCACAACGGCAACAAAUAAAGCAGAGACACAAGCAGAUGAGCAGCAGAGAAGUAGAUGAGCAAGAUUCUGAUGGUUCUGUUGAAGAGGAGGGAUAUGUGUACAAUCCCCGACGGCUGCCUGUGUAUACAAGGAGAACAAUCAGACAUCAGAAGCCUCCAUCUGAUACACUCAGCAAUCUCAGAGUAGGGGCACAAGAAUUCCAACCUCAAGGACGUGCAUCAGCUUCAGGUGCUGAGUACCAGCAAAUGGAAUCUGCUCCCAUUGUCGUACCAGCAUCAGCACCAGCACAACUACAGGAUGACACACCGUCUGCUGAGAAUGUCCAUGAACAAACUGGAACAGUUGAUCGAGCAGAUGAUACAGGUCAAGGACUGCCAGAGGGGAUGGUUGAGCCUGAUAGAGAGUCACAAGGUGGAGAGCUCUUAAGGAGGUCCACCCGCAGGGUACAACCCAGAGAGAGAUUCACUUAUGACCAAUUUGGGCAGCCAUCAUACCAGCCCUGGGGACACGGAGUGAAUGCUAUGUUCUCAUUUGUUCCUUACCCCAUGACUCCAUACCCCGUCUUACUUGGACAAGACUACUACCCUACUCCGACUGUGUGGACUCAUUAGACAGAUGACUUCUCCUAGACUAUUACCUAUCUAGGUUAUUUCUUGUUGGUGUAGUUCUAGAUGUCCGGAGACAUCUCUUGAAGUGGGGGAGAGUGUAGUGGGUCUAGAAAUUAAUGUUUUAGAAAUUAAUGUUUUACUAAAACAGACACCCCCAUUUUUGAAAAGAUUAUUUUAUUUUAAGAUGAUUAGAACAACUUUCUAAUAUUAACUGACUCAUGUCGAUGACCACCUAGUCAGUAGAGGGCGCUACUGUGAGUGAAUGAACAAACGAGGAAACUUCUAUGGUCUCUGCCCGCGCAUGCGCAGUCAAUAAUAAACCGCUGCCAGCAGAGCCAGGCACAACGUAUUAACGUGUCUGUUCCUCAUCAUUCACAGGUACUAUUUCUAACUAUUCCUAAACAUUCUUAAAGAUGUUGAAAGUAAUGUGAACUGUCUGUGAUAUUAGAGUAACAUUUUGAGAGAACUUGAUCCGAGUUCUGAUAAGUAUUUGUUUUGUUUUGUCGAGUCGAAUAAUGGCUACCGCUAGUAGUUCUUUAACGGCUUGAUUACAGAGAACACAUGGGAUGUACAGAUGUGUAUGUGAAAGAGAAUAUAGUGUCCGUUUUAUGUUUACUUUUUGUAUCUGAGCCAAUGGCUGAAGGUAUGAAUGGGCAUUAGAUUUAUUACUGUCUUUGGUGAUGGGAAGUUAUUAUUUUGAUGAACAUUAAGUUUAUUUUGCAAUGAAAGACAUAUACACUCAGAGACAGACACAUGUAAUGGGUUAUGUAGCACUUUAUUUUAUUUUACAAGAGUAUUUGUUGUAUUACUCAGGUUAUUAACAAUAUUGUAAACCAAGAGGUCAAUUGUAUUUUGAGCUGUUUUGAAGUUAAAGGCUAUGACAGUGUAUUUUGACAUGAAUACUAUCCCCAUGUUAUGAUGUUUUGUGAUAUUCUCAAAGCAAGGAUAGUUUGAUAUUUGUGUUUGAUAUUUGUGUUUAAAUGGAAUGACUGAAUGUUUAAGAUUGUUGCAGUCAAUAAUAAACCGCUGCCAGCAGAGCCAGGCACAACGUAUUAACGUGUCUGUUCCUCAUCAUUCACAGAUCCACAGCGCAUCCUGCCUGUGCAUCGCUUGUGCCGGCCCAGAUUUCCCCUAGGUCUGAGGCCGGUAACACUGGCAUGCAUAUGACUGCAGUUUCCCUACCAGCUUUGGUUAUGACAGGGGGCCAGAUUAUGCAGCAGCCUGCUGCUCCAGCCCUCCAUCCACACCCAGCAGACUUUUAUCAGCCAGUGAGUCAGCAUCCCACAGGUUAUGCUGGAUAUCCCACUGUGCCCCAAGCUCCACUGUAUUCAUCGCCCAGUGGUCCAUGGGGUGUACAUCCAAACAGGCCCAACCCUCAAAUUAUGAAUCACGCAGCUCACAACCAUACAGGUCCGUUCUACGGACACGGCCGGGCUAUAUAUCUAUAGAUAUGUAGAUCUAUAUAUCUAUAUCUAUAGAUAUAUAGAUCUAUAUCAAUAAAUAUAU